CAUGUCUCCCAGACGCGCCUGUCAUUCAAGGCCGCACAACACCGCUUUCAACCACCGCACAUCCAGCAACAAUCGUUUCUGAGCCUGCAGCUGCCAAUCAGCACGAGUUUCUCCAGCGGCAGCAGCAGCUGCAGUGCCUUCAGCAGCGGAAAUGGCAGCAUCAGGGGCGCAUCUCUCGCCUCGUGCUCCUCCUUUCUGCGCCCAGCUCGUAUCUGUAGGGACUUCCCAAUUCCACGCCACCCACGCUGCUUGCCAUACAGACAAAGCAGUGGCGAUUGCUGUAUGGUCGACGGAAGGCGAACAUCGGCUGAAAUGAGUGGAG